AGUACAUCCGCUCGCCCCACACGCCGCUGUUGAAUGUGUUUCAUGCGCAUUGAGUGACUGAAGCGGGCGAAUGAUGAUGGAGCGGUAAAUUUCAUGAUGUGCUUGUCCUGUGCCGGGGUUUGGAAUAAACACAUAGUGGACAGCAGCUAACACACAUAUGGCCUGCGAGUCGGCGUUACCUGCCAUCAUGGACGAGCAGGCCCUCAUGGGACUGAACCCCAAUGCUGAUGCCCGCUACAGGCAGAGGGCGCUGGCAUAUUUUGAGCAAUUGAAGGAGUCUCUGGACGGAUGGGAGGUUUGUGCUGAAGCUCUUUCUAAAGGUGUUUACAGAGACGAUCAUGUGAAGUUUUUCUGCUUUCAAGUCCUUGAACACCAGAUCAAGUUCAGACACGGGUCGCUCACUGCAGCUCAACAGCAGCUGAUCAGAGAGACUCUGAUGAAAUGGCUUCAGGGUCAGUUGAUGAAUGUGCAGCCAGAGAUGCCGUUUAUCAGGAAUAAAGCGGCACAGGUUUUUGCCCUGACGUUUGUAACAGAGUAUCUGACACUCUGGCCCAAAUUCUUCUUUGAUAUUCUCGCUCUGGUGGGGGUUAACCCAAACGGCAUUGACAUUUACCUGAGGACGCUGAUGGCCAUCGAUGCUGAGGUGGUGGACAGAGACAUCUUGCACAGCCCUGAGGAGACUCGCAGAAACACACUGAUUAAAGACGCUAUGCGUGAGCAGUGCAUCCCAGCGCUGGUCGAGUCUUGGUUCCAGAUUAUGCAGACGUAUCAGCACACACACAGCGAGCUGACCUGUCAGUGUCUGGAGGUGGUGGGUGCGUACGUGUCCUGGAUCGACCUCAAUCUCAUCGCCAAUGACAGGUUUGUGAAUUUGUUGCUCAGUCACAUGUCUAUGGAAGAGCUGAGGGAGGAGGCGUGUGAUUGUCUGUUUGAGAUCGUCAAUAAGGGAAUGGACCCUGUGGAUAAAACCAAACUGGUGGAGUCUUUGAGUCGGGUGCUUCAGUCUGCAGGAUUCUUCAAUGUUGAGCAGGAGGAGGAUGUGGAUUUUCUGGCAAAGUUCUCUCGGCUGGUUAACGGGAUGGGUCAAUCAUUGGUGCUGAGCUGGACUAAACUCUGUAAGACGGGGGAUGGGAAGGUGUCCGCGGAAACACUGCGUGCUCUGGAGGCGAAAGUCCCCCUCAUGCUAAAGCUCUUAAUUCACGAAGACGAUGAUAUUUCUGCAAACAUCGUGGGCUUCUGUUACGACUACCUGCAUGUGCUUAAACAGCUUCCGGUCCUCACUGAUCAGCAGAAAAGUAAUGUGGAGGCGAUCAUGCUCGCUGUGAUCAACAAGCUCAAGUAUGAUGACGAGUAUAACUUUGAGAACGAGGGUGAAGAUGAGGCCAUGUUUGUUGAAUACAGGAAGCAGUUAAAGAUGUUGUUGGACCGAUUAGCUCAAGUUUCUCCUGAGCUUUUACUGGAGUCUGUGCACCGAGUCUUCAACAGCACCAUGCAGAACUGGCAGACGGUGCAGUUCAUGGAGGUGGAGGUGGCCAUCAGGCUGCUGUAUAUGUUAGGUGAAGCUCUGCCUGCGUCUCACGGGGCUCAUUUCUCUGGAGACGAGACUAAAGCUAGCACACUGCAGGCCAUGAUGAGAACGCUCAUCUCCUGCAACGUGAGCGAAUAUCAGCAUUCAUCAGUCAGUCUGGAGUUCUUUGAAACCGUCGUCCGCUACGAUAAAUUCUUCCUUGUGGAGCCGCAGCACAUUCCCAAUGUCUUAAUGGCGUUUUUGGAUCAUCGUGGUCUGAGACACAGGAGUCCUAAAGUGCGCAGUCGAGUGGCUUACCUGUUCUCACGCUUCAUCAAAACCCUGCAUAAACACAUGAAUGCAUUUAUCGAGGACAUACUGAGCAGAAUACAGGACCUGUUGGAGCUCGCACCCCCGGAGAAUGGGUUUCCAGCGCUGUUGAGCAGUGACGAUCAGCUGUUCAUGUUUGAGACGGCCGGUGUGCUGAUUGUAAACGGAGAGUCUCCGGCCGAGCGUAAACAGGCUCUGAUGCGCAGUCUCCUCACACCACUGAUGGAGGCGUUCCGCAUGCUGCUCGCAAAACUGCCUCAGGAAGCUACCGAAGAGAGGCAGACAGUGCUGUCCGACUGUCUGAGUCACGCUGUGGGCUUUGCCAGUCGCACCAGUAAGGCGUUCAGUAACAAGCAAACGGUGAGGCAGUGCGGCUGCUCCGAGGUGUAUCUGGACUGUCUGCAGACGUUCCUGCCUGCACUUAGCUGUCCUGUUCAGCGAGGGCAGCUGCGCAGUGCCGUGCGUUCAUUCCUGCACCGUAUGAUCAUCUGUCUGGAAGAAGAGGUGCUUCCCUUCAUCCCUGCGGCAUCACAGCACAUGCUGAAAGACUGUGAACCCAGAGACCUGCAGGAGUUCAUCCCCCUCAUCAGUCAGAUCACAGCCAAGUUUAAGAACCAGGUGUCUCCGUUCCUGCAGGAAGUCUUCAUGCCGCUGGUGAUGGCAAUAUUUGAGGUGCUUUCUCGUCCAGCGGAGGAGAACGAUCAGACGGCAGCGUUAGAGAAACAGAUGUUGAGAAGAAGCUACUUCAGUUUCAUUCAGAUGAUCGCUAGCAGUGGCAUGAACGAGGUCAUGGCUAGUCAAGGAGCCGGAAACAUUGAACGUGUGCUGUUCACCAUCAUCCAGGGAGCUGUGGACUUCCCCGACCCCGUCGCUCAGAAAACCUGCUUCAUCAUCCUCUCCAGAUUAGUGGAGCUGUGGGGUGGUAAAGACGGUCUGGUGGGAUUUCCUGAUUUCAUCUAUAAACACAUCAUCCCAGCAUGUUUCAUGGCCCCUCUAAAGCCGACCUUUGACCUUUCUGAUGCUCAGACUGUCUUGACUCUAUCGGAGUGCACGCUCACACUGCAUAUGAUUCAUCUCAAAAGAGGGCCGGAGUGUAUUCAGUUCCUACAGGAGUAUCUGCCCUCACUGCAGGUGUCACCUGAAAUUACACAGGAAGUCUGUCAGGUGCUCCAGCAACCAGACCUUAAAGUUCUGAAGAACUACAUGAAGGCUUUCUUCCAACAGGCAAAACUUUAAAACUGGAAUUGUCACGUGGAGCGUUUCAAAGCCACUUACCGACCACCAUAAUGACGGAGCUUUAGCAUAGAAGCUACUUCAGCACUUAAAGAGAAGCAUCACCACACCCAUCCUGUCUGCGGACGGGACUUGUACCCCAAACAUGGGUCACGUGACCACGCCCCCACAGCAGCCUUGGCUUAAUCAGAGUAGUGCUCUCCACGGGGACGUAGCCAUCUGGACGGGUGAGAUUGUCUGCGAUUGGUCAAGACCGAGCCGAUGGCAUACUGUAGGUGGGGUUUGUGAGGGUGGGAGGGGCUUCAGUUCUGGACAGAGUUUAAAGGGAAAAAUCAAAAGUUUAAUGUUUUCCUGUUGAAAUUGGCAGCAAAUGUUUUGGUUAUUGUUUGGAAAUAUGACCCAAAUGUUACAGAAAAAUCUCUUUGGAUAUGAAAUGGUAAUUAGAAUUAAUUUAAUGAAAGGUUUAUAUAUAUAUACUUUUUUUUUUUUUUUUGAGAAAUCAG